AUGCACCAACCCGGCUUCCCGCUGGCCUGGGAGGGAGAGCGCCAACUUCGACUUCCGCAGUUGGGGCAUUCGGCGCAAGCAAUCCGAGAUGCCAAUCAACGAGGAGUUACUUUCAACAACACAGUUGCCCUCCAGCCGGAUGCUUCAUUCCCGCUUCAGCAGUCAGCUCUCCCGCCCUCCUCCCGUCAAGUACCCAAGCUCGAUCCCUUUGGCAAUAAUUCACAAGCCUUCGGUGCUCAGAGCCACGCCUGGGAUACUGCUUUCAGGAGUAUUCUUUCUCACCCGGAUAUUGCAAUUCACCGAGACGGCGUCUGCAGCUACCUUCGCAUCCCAACUGGGCUGUGGAACGAGCUCUACAACCCUCAGGUGUCCGAACACGUCCACCACCUGCUUACCGAAUGCCUUGCCCGGAAUUAUGGCACGCUCCCUGAUGACCUCAGGAUCGUGAUCAACGAGCUUAGAGAUCUUCCCGAGUUUCCACACUUGCAGGCUCACCUUGUCCACGUAACCAUGUCGGCUGUGCCGGAGCAGGAUCACCCCCAGACACAGUCAGUGCCCUCCGGGCAGGAUUUAAGACCGACGAUCAAUCACAGUGGUGGUUCAGACUUCGACAGGUCUGGGGAGACAAGUCCGGGUGUCGUGAUAUCCAGUCCCAGAACUGCACAAAGCGGUCAAACAGCAGUCACCACGCCCCUUUCCAUGGGAAAUGCGCGAAGCACCCCACAGACUCCAUUUCAGCGGACUAAAGGAAGAGCACCAAGGGGAAAAAGGUACAAAUGCCCGUACACCAACUGCAAGCACGAGCCCUUUCGGAAUGCUGGGAACUUCAACAAUCAUAUGCGCAGUUGCCAUGCCGAAUCGCCAUACCGCAAUCAACAUCCUUCAGACUUCCUGGUCGCAGACCUGUCUCCACAACAUAGUAUUCAAGGGGAUACAAUGUCCUCGGCAGUCACAAACUCCAGCGGUUCACCCUUGAGCCACCGUAGACCGUCACGGGAGUUUGGUAACGGAGAGGCUUUGGACAUUGGUGACAGGAAUACGCUCGAAGGUGUGGGACACAAUGCAGUCUAUCCUGCCAGUCAUGCUGGACUUGAAGCUAGUGUGACGCGAGGAGAUCCGAAUCAUGCUGAUCCUCAAGAAGCCCAAGUCACCAGCGGGCUGGUGAACAGCUCGCUUCUCGAGGGUUUCACGUUCAUUCCAAACAGCCGCCAACACCAGCCAGGGACAAUUUGGGACAAUGCUGCCGACGACACAAAUCGCCCGUCACCUACCCAAGCAGGCCCGGUAGGAUUUCACGACUUCCAAAUGAUGGAGAGAAGCAGGUGUGGUGACAGAUACUUGGAAUAG